AUGCACGGAGUCAACACAUAUCGCUUGCGAAAGCGCAUUUCGCGAGUGCUAAUUAAAGCUACAUUUGUGCUUUCCAUCUGCUUCGGCCUGCUGCCGUUCUACUACAACCAGCAACAAAAGCGUUUCACAACUUCGAAAUCCAUUACUAUUUACAACAUAUUUAUAAAUAUUUUAUUCGCCUCAAUCAUGGUAUUUGUUUUGCAAAUAUUUUCUAAUGCCGAAGAUCCUUUCCAAACGCGUGAUCCACUCGCUGAGCUACUCAAUCAAAUGGUAACGUAUGCCAGCUUUUGUGCGAUACUCAUUACGUGGUGGAUCAAUUGGACUGGCCGUAAAGAACUGCAAAAGCUAUUCAAUGAGUUUGCCGCCAUCGAUGCUGAUUACUGUUAUCGCUAUCCCAAUUUGGUCAACGAAUGCGCUCAUUUCGACUCGUACUUGAUUUGGAAAGGUGCUUCAAUUUUACUACAGAAUGCUUCGGCGUUCGCGAAUAUGUGGCUGCUUGUGGAUGCCGGUUGGUUAUUUAUUCUGUGCAUUUGCCUAGCAACUGUGCUUACAAAUGUACUCUUCCUGGUAAUGACGCAUUUCUUCAUCGCCGUAUUGUAUACAUAUCGUUUCGCUUGGGUAUCGAAUAUGCGGCUGCAAAUAAUGGCGGACAGUGGCAAUGAAGUGCAGCAACGCGCUCAAUGCCGGUUGGUAAGCUUGGAAAUCGAUGCUAUUGCACACACGUAUUUGCGUUUGAUACGCUUAUGUGAGGGCUACACAAAAAUACAUCAAUAUCAGCUUUUAUUGGUGGUCGGCUGUAUAACCGCUUGCAAUAUCGAGGUACUAUUUUAUAUGCGACUUCUGUGGGGCGGCAAGGCGUACGAGAUGGACGCGUCGAAUAUUUUUGGAAUAAUACAAAUAUUUUUCGUAAAUAUAUUGGACUUUUGGCUGACGAUGACAAUUUGUGAGUUGGCGGUGGUAACUUCGCAGAAAACAUUGCAAAUACUGCGCGUUUUUAAUGAAAAAUGGGACUUGGCGGUGCCUGUGGAACGAAGUUUGGAACGUUUUGCCUUAAUUUGCUGCAGUAAAAAGUUGCGUUUUCAUUUGUGUGGCAUAUUUGACAUCAAUCACCUGACUGGCUUACAAGUUUUAUUUACAAUGAUAUUAUAUCUCAUCUACUUAGUACAAUAUUACCAUGACAAUUUGUAA